UUAACCGUUGUGUGCGCGUGUCUGGAUCAACGGCGGGGGGACCGUUGUCGGUCACAGAUUGACUGGCCAGGACGGAUCUGAAUGAACGGUUGGCUGGAAAUAGCAGCGGUGGUGAAAACAAUCCGGAGAUUCCUAUUUCUUCUGAGACCUCUUUUUAAACUGCGCAGCAGUAUAUUAUGGAUGCCAACACACCGUUACAUAACUUGUACCACCGACAGUCUGGUCUCUAUCCCGUGUGUGCGCUGCAGUCGCUCCCAAACUCCAACGUUAUUGCGUCAUUAUGUCCUCUUAGACUACAAUUUGCAUGAUCGCCAUCAAAAUAUUACACGCAAUGAGGCACAAUUUGUCAUGUUGUGUGUAUUUUCAUGUCCAUGACGGUGCAUACCUAUAAUUCUGACUGUUGGCCUACCGAUACAAACACACACAGUCAAGACUAUUACAUCUGGAUGAUGUUGAUUCCCAGGAGGCAUGCACAGUGAAUGCAUCAGGCAUGUUCAAUCAGUUGAGUUGUUUCUGUCGUCGUCUGCAGAAAACCCUAACGCUGAGUCUGCACCGUGCUGUGCCAAGUUGAGCCUGACGAGGGCGAUGUCUGACAACAGCAGCAGCACAGGCAGCAGCGGCUCCUCAACCAACAGCUGGACCCUCCUCUCCCCCGAGGAGGCUGCUGUUGAGAACGUCGGGCCGGUAGAUGACGGCACUGAGAGCCUGGGUGACGUCCCGAGUCUCUCCGAGGAUGUGACAGGAGCUGCUGCAAGCGACAUUCCAGUAGAAACUGUCCUGUCUGAAGAAGGCCAUCAGGUGUGUCAAGAGACCUCUCCAGAGUCCAUUGAGGGUCCCAGCUCGUCUAGUCCAACCCGGAUGAGUCCCCUCCCACCCAACCUCCUCGAUCCUUUAGACCUGGACCCGGAGAGUCAGCCUCCAGUCAUCCAUGACAUCGUAACCAGCUCCCCGAGUGACAAUGAGCACCUCGGAGCCACGCCCUUUGUCACCAACAUUGAUUCCGGGGCUCCGUUCGAUAUUCCUGCUGCAGAUGAUCUCCUGACAGCUGAGCCUGAGGAGUCGUGCUCCACUCCUCCUCUGACUGAGAUCCACGCCGCUACAGAAGAAGAGGUUGACGAGUGUGAUGCAUUUUGCUUGAAUCCUUUCUCCGCUGCUGCACCAAAGGUCAUCAACCCCACAGACACCCUUACAGCUACUGAUCCUCUGUCUCGUGGCGAUGCUGAUAUCAGCUUCGUACCAAAGAGUACAGAGCCACCAAGCCAAGUCCCAGAGAGCCUGGUGACAGAGAGCCCCAUCAAUGAUAGCCCUGCACCAGAGACUGUUGGUUCAGUAGAGGAAGAGAUGGAGGUGGCGGCUGUGGGAAAGGAGGAGAUGGAGCUGUCCGAGGCAGUGACCCAGUAUGAGAGAGAAGAAGCAGAAGAAGAAGCAGAAGAAGAAGCAGAAGAAGAAGCAGAAGAAGAAGAAGAAGAAGAAGUGCAAGAAACAUCCAACACUUUCGAUCCGGGCGACACAGGCAGCUCUGGAGACGGACUGAGGAGGAGGAAUGCCCCUUCCUUCGGGUCACCGCGGCCAAGAACAUCCGAUGAGGAAGACGAUGAAGAGGAAGUGGAGUUCAAGCUGGCGGAGAAGAGGGAGGAAAAGCCAUGGUUCUCCUUGAACAAAUGCAUUGUGGGCUCUCUGAUCCUGCUCUUCUUAGGUUCCCUCUUCCUCUCUGGUGACUUUGACGCCUCUGAACUCAGUGAUGGAGAACAAAACCAGGACUGGCUUAGCGGUGAUCCACAGGAUAUGAAAGAGCUAUUGGAUAAACUGACACAGGAAAACCAGCAGAUCGCUCAGCUAGAGGCUCAACUACAGUCUCAGAAAGAAGGACUUGACUUGGCGCUGAAGGCCGUAGCAGUGAGCGGUGAUGAAAAGGGUGAAGCAGAUCUGGAAAGAGAAAAUGUCAAGCUGAAGGAGGAGCUGUUGUCUCUGCCUGAGCUGAAGAAAGAGCUGGAGAGUCUGAGGUCCAGGGUGACCGAACUCAGCCAGCUCUCAGCCGAUCAAGAAACCUCAAGCUCCGCCCCUCAGCCGGGUGACAAAGAUGGUCAGAGUAACGAGAAAGCUCCUGAACUUGAGAGGAGGAAGGACACAAAUGAGGGAGGAAAGCUGAAGGAAGAACUCCAGAGGCAGAAAGCUCUUCUGGAGGAGAGCAAGAAGAGGCUGCAAGGGAUGAAGAAAGAUGGAGGCGACAGGAAACGCGUGAGGGACAGUUUGGAGGAAAUCCAGAAGAAGCUUUCUGAACAAGUUGAGCAGUGGGGUAAGAGGAAGCCACAGGAGUCCAAAUGGAAAGGGAACAAGGGCAAAAGCAAUGAGUGGGACCACUGGAAGAAAGAGGACAAGAAAGAGGGGAGAGGGGAGACAGGCUGGAAGCACAGCAAAGAGGGAGGAUGGAGAGACAAAGAAGAGAAGAAAGAGAAGGAGCGGAAGUCUCAGAAGCAAAACUCUCACAAAGAGGCGUGGAGGAAACACCAGGACGAGUGGGAGAAGAAGAAGGACGAGCGCAGAAUAGACAGAGAGGAGAGGAGGAAGCACAGCGGGCCUCCUAAGAACUCCCACAACCACCAUCAGCACCACCACCAUCAGCAGCCCCGCCAGCCUCACCCGUACAAACACAACGACUUCUGGAGGGACCAAGAGCAGAAGCUCAGGCGCAACGUCCGCCCCCAGCUGGGCUGCAGCUCCGUGGAGGACUGCGCCGGCAAGGAGGGGCUCUACCCGGUGGAGCUGCCCGAGUUUGAGGAACUGCUGGAGGGCUACCUGAGCAAGCUGGAAGGAUCCUCGUCCGAGAGCAAAGACAAGAUCAGGAAGCUGACGGCAGAGUUCUUUGAGGACGGCGGGUUCAUCCACGACAGGGUUCUCUUCGGAGACUUUGUCGAGGACGUGGCGGACAUUCUGGAGGACAUGGUGGACGUUGUGGAGGGCGGCGGGCACAAGGACGACGACGACUCCCUGGAGGAGGAGAUGGAGGAGUUUGAACGAGAAGCCCUGUGGAAGUUUGCAGCCGCAGUUUAAGUAGACAUCGAGGGGGGGAAAAAGGAGUGAAAUACAACGCUAGGAUACAGCACAAAUGGUGUUUUUAUACGACAUUUCUUGCCUACGUUCUCCUCUUCAGAGCUGUAAUUGUAGUGGCUUCUGGCACAGAGUGGUCGUGCCCCUCAUAAACGUGUCCCGCUCAGUCUUUAAUCAUAAGCUAGACUUGUACUUGUCAGGUCAUGCCUCCUAAUGCAAAGUCCUUCAGUAAUGUGUUGUGUGGGUUUGUUUUUUCCUCUGCUGUAUAGUGUUUUCUCAAUAUGUAGUGCAUGUUGCAGUUCACCAUUUAAAUUCAGCCUGAUAAUAUUUAGAACACACACAAAAAGACAGGGCUUUAAGGAGAUGGUAUUUGCACACAUUAUUCUGUUGAGCAAUGGUUACAUAUAUUCAUAUAAUUCAUAUAUUAUAUGAGUGUUGCCGCUAAAUGCUUCUCUGUCAUUUGACUGUGUGAAAUCAACCUGCCGCUUCUCCGAGCAGGUUAAAACAACAAAUGCUGAGACUGUUUCUGCAGACAACGUUUGCCUGAAGUUCAAUCCCAGAGGACGAGAUCCCACUUCUUUCAGAGACAAAAAUCAGAUCGGGUCAGACCAGUUUUUGCAUCUGCAGCUCUUUAGUAGUUUUGGGCAAACGCACACAAAGGGUGCCGUUUGAGUGCCCUGAGCGUUCGGCGUCUAGCUACGACAGGCUUUUCAACCCCCAACUCCCAACUGUCAGUUGUCAGCAGAAGUGCUGAACAACCAGGAACUGUUUGGGAAAGGUCAGCGCUGCUUAAGAAGGAAAAGCAAUAGGACAAAGUUAUAGUAGCUCAAUCUAAAGGACGGCUAAACCACUUUAGCACUUUUCAAAAACAUCACAUUUACAGCAAAAUUCUUUUUCUCUGUUGUGUUUUUUUUAGACCGACCAAAACCGCUAUUUAUAUUAUUUUCCAUUUUCCUCUUAUUUUGUCAGCAGGUUGAUAUUAACUGACAUGCACAAGUAAUUAAGUAAAAAUGGAAAAAAUUAGGAUGCUGCUGCAUUAUGUUUAUUCAAUUUUAAGUUGAAAAAGGUUAAGUUAAAAAAAAAAAAAACGGAUACAAAGCAAAGUGUAUUAAGUAUUGCAGAACUGCUCUCCAUCGUUGGCUAGUUCUUUGAGUUCUUGUUUUGGUUUAGUAUUUUAUUCUCGUCCUUUUCCUUUCAUGACGUUUUUAGGCGGAUGUGAAGUUAAAGUCGACAGAAUGUGAUUGUUGGUUCUCAUUUUUCAGUGAUUGAGAGAAGCUUUGGAGUGUUUCAUGUUUAUUUAUUCUGUCGGUACACUGCACCUCUUUUCCUUCUUUCUAACGAGACUUUGACCCCAGGCCAGACACGUCGAAUGUGGAAAUGGUGACGUUUUCAGUUUGUUUUCCGAAAUUUAAUUUGCCAGCUACUGCUUAUGUGCCUUUUAUUAUUAUCAUUGUGAAUAUCUUAGGGGUCUAGGAUUUAAUUUGCUUCUGCAAGAUAGAGAAGAAAACAAGUUUACACAGCUUGCAAUUUGACUGCUGUUGAUAGGACAGACUGAAUGUCACAGGGUUUACAUAGGAAGUGUUGGAGGGAUUUCUGCUCAAUGUCCUCCGCUGUUUGCACAGAGGAACAGUUUUAUUUUGAACUUUCUUUUACACCAAAGCUAUUGGAAGAAGGCUCAAUUUCAACAGAUGAGUCAUUAAAUGAAUCUCAUUCAUGAACGUUUAAUCGAUAUUUGAGGAGCAUUUCUGUCUUUGUGGGACAACAAUAGGUCUUGCUUCAUGCUAGCUGGCUCAGAUGUGCAUGUAAUUGAUCCUUGGACAAAUGUAUGGAAAAAUUUGGCCAAUUUUUAUUUAUUUUUUCAUUCAUCAUCAGUUAUGUCCUCUGUAAGGAAGUCAGGGUUGAGUUCAAUAAAUUGUUCACCAUUAAAUGUG